AAUGAGGAAGGUACCUGCUGCCGUUUGCGAAUAAAGGUAAUCGCUGGACAUCAACUGGCCAAAAAAGACAUAUUCGGUGCUAGUGACCCGUACGUACGGAUCGACCUCAACACCAUCUCCGGCGACGAAAACAUCGACUCGGUGCUAACGAAAACCAAGAAGAAAACCCUCAACCCCGUAUGGAACGAAGAGUUCAUCUUCCGGGUGAAGCCUAGCGAGCACAAGCUGGUGUUUCAGGUGUUCGACGAGAACCGGCUCACGCGGGACGACUUCCUGGGAAUGGUGGAGCUGCCGCUCGCGCAGCUACCGAAGGAGCCCACCGACGACGGUGUUCAGGUGCCAACCAAAAGCUAUCCGCUGCGGCCCCGAAGGUCAGUAGGGUAUGUUUGAGUUAGUUAUGGUUAUUUUUUAUUUCGUUGCACACUAAU